AUGCCAACUAUCAAGCAUCCCGUCAAGAUCAACGUAGACCUAGGUGAAGGCUACGGAAACUUCAAGUGUGGUCCAGAUGAUGAGUUGAUCCCGCUGAUUGACCAUGCGAACAUAGCAUGUGGUUUCCACGCUGGGGACCCGUUAAUUAUGCAUCAAACGGUACUCGCCUGCAAAAAGCACAACAUAGCCAUCGGCGCCCAUCCCGGCCUUCCCGACAUCCAAGGCUUUGGUCGACGGGAAAUCAAGAUGUCACCCGAGGAAUUAACAGCCGCAGUUCGCUACCAAGUCGGCGCCUUGAAAGCAUUCUUAGAUGCGGAAAAUGUGCCGUUGCACCAUGUAAAACCACACGGCGUGUUGUACGGGAUGAUGUAUCGGGAUAGAGAGGUGUGUCGAGCGGUUUAUGCUGGUGUACCUAAGGGAACAACUGUGUUUGGUCUUGCAGGGACGUUGCAUGAGGAGGUUGCGAAAGAGCUUGGAUUGCCGUUCGUUGCGGAGUUGUACGGGGAUGUCAAGUAUAGCAAAGAUGGGACGCUCGUUAUUGACAGGAAGAAGAAGCCGUGGCAUCCAGAUGAGACGAGGAAGCACGUUCAGAGUCAGGUGGAGAAUGCGACUGUUACCGCGGUUACGGGCGAGGAAGUUCAACUUCCUAUCGGCGGCCACGAGGUCUCGUUGUGUUGUCAUUCCGAUUCGCCUGGGGCUGUGGAAAUCGUGAAGGCUGCAAGAGAAAUUGUCGACCAGUUUAACAGCAAACAUUUCGGGAAGUCUUAA